CAACUUAAUUUACGUUGAGGACUGAGGUUGUUGUUGUCAAAAAUUGUGGCGGUGUGGUUUUGGUCCCUGGUUUUUUGUGUUGUCGUGUCUCCACCCCAAACCUGAUGUCUACCUUGUGAUUGUUUACACAAAAUGGACUACAGAUGAUUACUGUAAUGAGUAUUCGUUGAUUUAUUAUUAUCUUUAGUUAACCUUAAAAAUGUCCAAUUCCAAUACUUCAAGAUCGGGUGACACCCAAAUGGGUGCACUUUUGAAAUUAGACAAAGCGGAACUUAAGAGCAUAAAGGUUGCGAUUAUGCGAAGGAAUGUAAUUGAACCAAAUGCGUCUGGACCAUUCCUACGAAGCCUGGAAGAUCCCUCACAAUUAAUUGUUCACUAUAGGCCGGAUGAGGGAACUCGACCAAUUUUUGAGCGCGAGGAUAUAGUUGUCAAUAAAGAAAACCAGGAAGAACGGAUGGUCUUAACCUCUUCACAAGGAAAUGAUAAGACUUUAGCUCACCGAGUUACUUCUAGGAGUAGCUCAAGAUCAACCCGUAGUUCUAGUAGAGGCCCUCAAAAAGAAGAUAAAAAAAAAUUGAGUCCUGAGGCACACACCUCCAGGGACCGCUCCAAAGAAGAGUAUAGGAGCGGUGAAUAUUAUUCCUCUAGAUCUCGACGAAGCAAUUCAAAUUCCCGGAAGGCGGUGUAUAAGAGCAACACACCUCCUCGUUCAUCGGGAUAUCAAUCCAGGCGAAGCAAAAGCCCUCGAAGGUCUCCUGAGGCACACAAAAGGCGAGAAAGGUCGCCUAGAAGUACUCAUGAAAGAAGGCGAACCCCUCCAAGGUACUAUACCAAGCAAAGGCAUAGUCGAUCGCCGUCCGGGUACAAAAGAGCUCCUCCCGAGAGGAGAACGACGAGGUCGCCUCCAAAAGUUCCAGAGAAAUCAGUGAGUCGGCGGCGGUCAAGGACGCCUCCACCGAGGAGGAGCAGCAGAGGCCGAAGCCGAAGCUAUUCUCCCCACCAUAGAUCUAGAUACAGUAGAUCACCCUAUCGUCGAGAAGAUCGUCGCGAAAGAUCCAGAAGAAGUAGAUCGAGAAGAAGUCGGUCGCCACGUAGACGUUAUGACGAAGACAGGCACGAAAGGCGCGAAGAGUACGAACCUCCGAGAAUACCGAAUCCAUAUUUUGAGGGUGCAGAAUUUUGGAUUCCCCCUAUGCUUCAGCAUCGGUUUUUGCCGAGGCAAAUGAUUCCACCUGGACCAUUUCCAUAUCCAUUUAGACCAGGCAUACCACCCAUGGUUCCGCCGAGGAUGCCGUUCAGGCCCAGAAUAGUCUAUAAUAGUAGGCCACCUAGGCCCAGAAGUACUCCUUCGACGAGUGCGGCAAUUGAAAGUACAUCUGUCGUCACGACGACGACGACUGCAGGAACGUCUAAAGACAAUGAAACCGUCACGAUUACUGAAUGUGUUGAAGAUAGCGAACAGCCUUCUGUGAAGACUGAGUAAAGUGAUAUUAUGUAGACAGAUUUUAUUUUGUAAAUUUGUACAAUAUAACGGUUAUCAGUU